UUCUCUUUCUCUUUUUGGUUUUUAUUUACUAUUCAUCUUUCUCUCUCUACACGGCCGGAAAAUUGCUCUGUUAUCACCGGAAAACCGAUUUCUCGUAAAUAUCGACAACCGGAGCUGUUUUCUGGAGGAUUUAUUUACAUUAAAACGCGGAUUAAGUUACGACAACCGCACUUUCGGUGUAAGUAUUUCGCGGUUUUACGAGUAUACAGAGCUUAGCCGGUUAAAUCUUCCGAUCUCGUCUCCCGGUGGCUGUUUUAAGGGAAUGUACGCCGAGAUCGUGAUCUAGCGUUGAGAUUUCUGCUUGUUGCAUUCUUCCUGUUUAUACAUACAUACAUAUAUAUCGUUUGUAUCGUUUCUGUUAGAGAAGACGGAGAGCUCCGGCGAAAAUUUUUGGAAUGAGAUGGGUGAAGGAAGGAUUUGUUUUUCUAGAGAAGCCAAACUAGAGUUUUUGAAGCAUAAGAGGCUUCAACGUAUGAAAAUAGGCACUAUAAAUGACAAUGCGUAUGUGAUGAACAUGAUGACUAGAAGCAGUGGAGAUGCUUUAAGAGAUUCUGCUUCGUGUGGUGUGAGAUCAUUCGGCAAUCGAGAUAUAUCUACAAACUCUGGGAGUGUUGUUAAUGGAAGAGAUUCCAUGUCAAAGCAGAAGGUUGAGAAGUUUGAUGCAAGUGAUGUUGAUUGGACAGAUAGGAUGCCAGAAUGCCCAGUAUAUUAUCCAAGUAAGGAAGAGUUUGAGGAUCCUUUAGCCUAUCUGCAAAAGAUAGCCCCAGAAGCUUCGACAUACGGUAUAUGCAAAAUUGUUUCACCUUUAACAGCAACUGUUCCUGCUGGGAUGGUUUUGAUGAAAGAGAAUGCUGGUUUUCGGUUUACUACUAGAGUGCAGCCUCUUCGUCUUGCUGAGUGGAAUACUGAUGAUAAGGUUACCUUUUUCAUGAGUGGAAGAAACUAUACAUUCCGUGAAUUUGAGAAAAUGGCGAACAAGGUUUUUGCUCGUAGAUAUUAUAGUUCCGGAUCUCUUCCUCCAGCAUAUGUGGAAAAAGAGUUCUGGAAUGAAAUUGCAAAUGGAAAAACUGAAAGUGUCGAGUAUGCAUGUGAUGUUGACGGCAGUGCAUUUUCAUCUUCUCCGAAUGAUGAACUUGGAAAUAGCAAAUGGAAUUUGAAGAAAGUUGCAAGAUUGUCCAGAUCGAUUUUGCGUCUACUAGAAACAACAAUUCCGGGAGUUACUGAACCAAUGCUUUACAUAGGGAUGCUAUUCAGUAUGUUUGCUUGGCAUGUAGAAGAUCAUUACUUGUACAGCAUUAAUUAUCAUCACUGUGGAGCUGCAAAAACCUGGUAUGGUGUUCCUGGUCAUGCCGCAUUGGACUUUGAAAAGGUUGUUCGACAGAAGGUGUAUACACACGAUAUUCUUUCAACCGAAGGGGAAGAUGGUGCUUUCGACGUUCUCUUAGGGAAAACAACCUUGUUUCCUCCUAAUAUUUUGUCAAAACACGGUGUUCCAGUUUACAAGGCUGUGCAAAAGCCUGGGGAAUAUGUCGUCACCUUUCCCCGAGCAUAUCAUGCAGGUUUUAGUCAUGGUUUUAAUUGUGGCGAGGCUGUGAAUUUUGCCAUUGGUGAUUGGUUUCAGUUGGGAUCAGUAGCUAGUCGUCGAUAUGCACUUCUUAACCGGACACCUCUCCUUCCUCAUGAGGAACUUCUGUGCAAAGAAGCCAUGCUACUAUCGUCAGCUACUCACAACAAGGAUAUAGGUCGUUCAGAUAUGGCAUCUCAACUUAGCAUUAAGGCUUCAUUUGUGAAUAUGAUACACUUCCAACAUCGUGCUCGUUGGUUCCUAACGAGAUCAAAAGGAUACAUGGGUAUUUCCCAACAUUCUCAUGGAACCAUUCUUUGCAGUGUUUGCAAACGUGAUUGUUACGUAGCAUACAUCAACUGCAACUGCUAUUUACAUCCUGUGUGCCUUCGUCAUGAAUUUAAGCGACUCAACCUGCCUUGUGGAACCAACUUUACACUCUCUGUAAGGGAUGAACUCUUGGAUAUGGAGGCAGUUUCCAGGAUGUUCGAGGAGGAUAAAGAUAUCGCCAAUGAAGUUCAACAUCAAAUCAAAUCCGGAAACGAAAGGAUUCUGCUUUCUAAGUUAUACCCACUUGCUGAAGACGAUGGAUACGAUCCUUAUUGCAAGAUUAGUUUGGAGCAGGAUGAUACUAGUUCCAUUACAGGGAGUCUCAUGCCUGUUGGUUCAUCCAAAGACGUAGCCAUUGAAAUGCAUGAAACUUCACCAGUGAUUAAUAAAGCUCCGUCGCCCAAUAUCCAAACAGAUAAUAAAGGUACAUGUCACUAUAGUGAUGACUCUGACUCAGAGGUAUUCAGGUUCAAACGCCGCUCAUCGUUAAAGCCACAACACAAAAGAGCAGUCAGUUCCGCCCCUGCAAAGUUGGAACUUCAGGGGCUUAAGCGGUUGAAAAAAUUACAACAUGAAAGAUCUGGACGUAGUACAUCUCCUGAGUGUUUAAAGACUAGUAAAGACUGUGUGCCAAAGGAAAGAUUUGGUAAUGGAACAAAAACUUCCAUCUCCGUUAAAUACACAAAAAUGGGAAAUGAAGAAUCCUUGAGUAAACACGGGUUUUGCAGGCAAAGGGAACGACCUCCUCUAGAGGCUUACUCAAAGCGACUUAAAGUAAAUGGCCCUUCAAUUACAGGUUCCUACGAAUACAAACAAAUAUCUUAGACGCUUUGACUUGGCUAACUUGCAUUCACAUUGGAGUAUCUAAGUUCUAACUACACAGAGAAAGUACAUGAGCCAUUUUUUAGUUUAUGAAGUCAGCAGAAGUGACGAAAAUUAACCCACAUUCGUAGAUGAAACAGAAAUAUAUUCUUUGUGCAGGCCUUCAAUUGGGCAAUUGGCACUGUGGUGAAUUCUUUUUUCUCCUUUUUAGGUAAGUAGGUUGCCAUGGAUUCAAAUUAGCCGGAUUAUUCUUCCCCUUCCUUUUAAUGUACAUUUUGUUGUUAACAAUUGAUCAGUUGUCGUGAGGUUAAAAUGGUUAUUAUACCAUUAAAACCUCUUAUUUAAUGUCAAAAAUCUGCUGCUUCGCUGACUGUAGGCGGUUCUUUAUUCUUUUAUGUAUGUAUGUAGCAAUGGGGUCCUUUGACUACAUCAAUAACAAUCAAGACACAUUUUUAUUUAUCUAA